UAUUAUGUGAAGUGGACAUGUAACAUCAAUAGAACAUUUCUAUAAUAUUAAAAUAUAUUACUUAUGACGUUCUUUACAUUAUAAGAAUAUUGUUUUAAUAUUUAAUAAUAUUCAUAUGAUAUUCUAGGAAUAUUUAAGCGACCAAUAACGCAUCAAUCGUUUAUCACGAUCUAACGUUAUUAAUCAUUGAGCCCUUAUUAUAGUCAUUGAGAUAGUGUCUCGAGAUAUUUUCCUUGUUAGUAGUUCUCCCGACAAUUUUUCCAACAGUAUCGCUUAUCGCAUGCUUCCGCGAGUCUCUUAUCGUUUCUACGUUCCGCAUUGAUUUUGUCCGCGUCGCGUCAAUCGUCAUUUGCCAUCGCACAGAUCCCGCUUUAUCGACAAUCUCAUCCCGGUACUCACAGCGUCCAAAAUCGAACGAACUGCCGCCGAUACGAUGAAGCGUCGAGCUUUCGGAGGGAAUUUGAACUCCUUCCUAAGAGAUAAGCAACUGAGUGUCCCCGUUUCGAACGUUGUUGUUGCGCAUCUCCCGAUAAGAGUAAAAAUCGUAUCGUAUCGUUGACAACAGAAAGUGGACUGGUCGAGAAACUGGACAAUAUCAAUAAGAUCGAGAGUGAUUUUUCCUCUCCAGCCGAGUCAUCGAAUAGGCGGAUGUAUUUGCUUUUAUCAGCGUUAUCGUCGCCGUCGUCAGAUUAGGCGUUGCGCCUUGAAGCGUGUCUAUCGUGUCGACAUACAUCGAGACAGUGUCACCGUCUUCUCGAAGUGUAUUCCCCACCACGUGUUCCACGCCAGUUCGACUUCCGAGCUUGCCUCAAGCACGCACGAAGCCUCCUCUCCUUGAUCUCGUCCGCGUUACAAUUGUCGCGCCUCGAAUGAACGUGGACGAGAGUCGGUUUCGCGCGUCAACAGCGUCGAGAUCCGAAUUCAACGGGAUUGUCACUGCGCUUACGAUUUCCUCCCGUCGUCCGUGUCCCGUCGACCAGCGAUGUUCGCCAACGAGGUGCAGGCGAAGGUGGCGUCGAUGGUGGUGAUCGGCGCCGGCAGCUUCAUCGUCGGCAUCACGCCCGCCUGCUUCGUCUCCCACGCCGAGCACCUGCAGAAGAAGCUGCUGCUCUCCUGCACUCUCUGCUUCGGCGCCGGUGUCCUGCUGGCUACCGCGAUCUUGCACAUGCUGCUGGAAGUGCGCAAGGAUUUGCCGGAACACGCCGAGCUGGUGUUCACCUGCGGUUUCCUCGUGCUUUACUUGAUCGAGGAGUGUGUGCACUAUUUCUGCCCGGGCGCCGGUCAUGAGGCCGAGACUGAUCCUCGGAAUCCUGCUCGCAGGAUCACGCACGAGCGAGGCGCGAGCUGUCGGGACCAUUCCCACAGUGUCGGUUACAACGCCGCCACACAAGACAGUAAGGUUUAUAUAUCCGAGGGUGAUUCGAGAUUACCGCUCGUCUAUCGGCAACCCUCUACUCCUAACAAUGGCAAUAACGCGUGGACUAUCAGCAGCUACGGCACGACGGGAUGCACGCGUACCGGUUGCUCGUCGAGCAACGACGAGGCCACGUUCCUGUGUCACACACACCAGGGCGAGCAAUGCACUGAUUCCAGCACCGGUCUCACCGGUCUCGCCCUCGCCCUGACCGUGCACGCUGUGCUCGAAGGACUUGCAAUAGGGCUGCAGACGCAGAUAGCGGAGGUGUUACUGUUGACCGGCGCGGUGGCGUCACACAAGUUCGUCGUCGGCUUUUGCCUGGGGCUGGAAUUAACGGGAGUCAGCAAGUCCGUCGCUAAACUAAUAUUUGCCAUUUUUCUGUUCGCCGGCGGGUCCGUCCUCGGAAUCGGUAUCGGUAUGCUGACGUUUCAGGUGGAUACGGAUUGGUCGAAAGUCGCGCUGCCGAUUUUGCAAGGUCUGGCGGGCGGAACGUUGUUGUACGUUACCGUGAGCGAGGUUCUACCGAGGGAAAGAGCGAAGUGGCACAAGAACCCGCGCAGAUAUGCCGGAAUUGUGCAGUUUUUGUCGGUGACCGUCGGAUUCGUCCUUAUUUUCCUACUUAACAGAUACGUAGGCGAAUGAAUCGAUUGUAGGAUCCUGUAAAUAAUUAGGGUCACAACAGGUUCGUCAGGUGGAUCUCGCAAUUACGCGAAAUCGAGUUUUCCUCGCUUUGUACGACACUGAUUGCACCCUGCAUACGCGAAUACGAGACGUACGCGCGACGUACGAGUCAGCGUUACAUACUGAAAAGUUCACCGAUAACGAAAUGUUAAAAAUUUCCCUUUGAGCAUUCACGAAGGUGGCGCUUAAAAUGUUCAUAACACAAACAUAAUUUAUAUUGAUAAUGUUUCUUUUCAAAACUUUCGUUAGUAAUUUUAGUAACUAAUUGGUGACAUGAAUUUUUAAUAUACACUGAAAAAAAAUUGCUACGUUCAAGUAAAUAUUUGCUAAGGAGUAUUGGAGUAUUGGUUUGUUUUAUUUGGUCCAAAUGAAAAAACUACUCCAAUAGCAAAUACUUGAAUGUUUUUUUUUACUUGAACGUAGCAAUUUUUUUUUCAGCACAUUGUUUUUACGUAAAAAAUAAAAUUAUUGUUAAAUUGAUACUCGAUACUCUCUUAAACUGCGCGCGAAAAGUGACAACUUUUUAAUUUUUAUAUUAUUUCAAAAAGAUCACGUGUACAAAUAUAAAAUUUUAUAUACACGAUUGUCGAGACACACUGAUUGCAAGAUCCACGUUUUAUUUUAUGAGACGCGCUACGACUAUUCCCGAGAUUGUUCCACGUUGUCCACAAAAGCACCGUAGCUAAUUUCUCUCUUUAGAUUUUCAUUUGGAAUAUGUUCGCUGAGAGCUGAGAGGAUAACAAAUAACAAAUGUUACUCGAAUACUUUUCCGUCGCAAAGCGCGACGCUUCGAGAGAAAAAGGCAAUGUGUUUUACCGUCGGAUUUUUAAGAGUUUACUGGACCGCGAAUAUUCCUUUUUGUGCUGCUCUAGCAUGGCAAAGAAGUGCGUAAAAAAGCGCCUCUUCUUUUUUUUCAGCCGCGAUUUCCGGUCCGUCGCGUUCGCGAGCGGAGACAUGUAUUCGCGAAACGUUUUCGCGGGAAUUAGUGCUGCAGAGAGCCGCGUCCGACAACGCUGCGAGAGAGAUUAAUCUCGUCGCGGAGGGAACAUUAAUUACGCGGAACUGUUUGAGGCAGAGAUCGCUCGAGCCUCGUCGGAUCUGCCAAAUGGAAAAAAGCUUAGAAUAAGUCCCUUACGUUC